AAUUAAUUAAUAAUGCCUUGUCGUAUCCGUUGGGUUUUGAUAUUCUUUGUUUAAUUUUCAUUUUGAAAAAGUGAACGUUGUUGAAAUCAAAUAAUCGGUGUUUCUCUUUGGUGUAACGUGUUUCUGCUACUCCUUAGUGUGAUCUUAUUCUCUCUUCUUUCUUCUGUUUUAUUUUCCUUUUCCAAUUGGUGGGUUUGCGGCACUGGUUUGUAUAAUCUUGUUUUACUUUUUUAUUUUUCUGUUUUGCUUUUUUGUAGCAGGUUGUCAUCUGCCUUGGUCCUGGAAAUUUCCGGAAGCUGAGAUUUGAUGAGCUUGUGACAGUGAUUGUAGGGAAGGUUUAACGCAUGAAGAAACUAUUCUUUUUCAAAUCUUCUGCGUCUAGCAGUGGAAAUAACAACAAUGCAACUCCGCCGAAAUAAACAAAUAAGCAAAAGGCACGGGAUAGUGUUUCCGAGAUUGGAAUGAACAAUCAAGCUUACGGUAAAGCUGAUGAUUAUUUCCAGAGCUCCAAGAGCUUUUUCUCCAAGAUCAGAGUUCUUCUGGUGUUCCAGAUCUUAGAAGGAGCAGGUCACUGUCGUCAUCUGCUUGCCAGUUCAGAGAUCCAACAAGGUCUCCUUCAAGUAGCAUUGUUAGUGAUCCAUAUCAUCAAUUUGAGCGUUCAUCUCGUUGUCAGGCUCCUAACUAUGAGAAACAAAAGCGAGACACGAGAGCCCAAGUUUCUUCUGUCCAGAAUUCGCACGGAUAUGAGAGACCUGGGUCUACCAGUUCUUCAAGAUCCCAUCACGAGUCAUCUGGGAAUUCAUUCCAGCAACAUUUCAAGUAAGGUUCUUGAUCGUUACAUUGAUGGAGAGCAGCAUCCGGAGGAAAGUAGGCCCAGGAACAAUUCACAAAGAAAUAAUAGUCGACAUGGGAGCUAUGGUUGGUUACACACCUCACAAUCUCUUUUGCAAACAAUUAUUCGGACAUAUCCUCAGGUUGGUUACACACCUCACAAUCUCUUCCAUUUGCAAACAAUUAUUCGGACAUAUCCUCAGGGUGCUGUUAAUUUUGCAUUAAUGAUGUCGCAAAUGGAGGGAGGUUUCCCAGUUGAUUACAACACCAUAACUGAUUCUUUUCUUAAGGUGUUUAUCUAGUAUGAUUAAGUGAUAUCU